AUGCCGUACCUUAUUGAAUGCAAUGAAUGGCGUCUCCUGCAGACUCUGGGGCCGUUGAUCAACCAAAGAAAGUCGCGAUUCAACGUCCACCUGCUCAACAGCCUCGAUUCGAGGCCUGAAACCCACGACGCUCGGCUCCCAAACCUCGCAGCCGAACGCUUUGAGGUGGAGGUGCGGCUCGUCUUUCUUCUACCAAAGGAUUGCUCCCGUGCCCUGUCCACGACCGAGUUCGACGAGUGUGAAGAGAGGCUAAAAGGCGUAUGCGAGCUCCUGGACCGGAUUGUGCACCCGCGACAUGGAGUUAGCCAGAUCCAUGCCGCGGAGAACAAAGCCGGCUACUCACGCCUCCGCUCGCUUGUCCGGUUGCUGGAGCAUUCCGAAUCUGACGAGACGGUCGACUUGGCAAGCGGCUCACGGCCAACAUUGUUCAAGCCACCUGACGACCCGGUUGACCUGGAGAUAAGCCUGGCAUUGGUCGCUGACUACAACAACUCCCUUGCUCGACUCUUUGCAUCACCGGCUCGGGAAGGUAGGGUUCGUCCCGUAUCGAAGAAGAUUGGGAGAAAGACCUGGAAGGACCCCAGGCUACGCCGCCGAGCGACUUCCGCGCUCGGGGCAAUCUUCGAACGCCUCAAAUGCGGGAUAGGCCACGAAGUGAUGUUGAACGUCUCGGAAGACGCCGACGACGGCGCGGCCGUUCCCAGCUUGGACUUCAGGCUGUCUUCUUCACAGCCCUCCUCGGCGCCGCCAAAAGAGAACCUCGACAAGCUCAUCUCAAGCGGUGCUUUCAAGCCAUUAGACCUCCUCACCUUGACGAGGGGAUCUCUUCCGAUAAGAUAUAGCAUACGGGAAAAGAGGGCGUUAGCAGUCCGUCUCGGCUAUUGCCUGAUGGAUUUCUUUGACGCCAACCUGAGUUCCAAAAGAAUCUACUUCCUCGGUUCCACGAAGGCUUCUUGUUCCCGGACCCGGAGUGAGACGCUCUACUUGUCGUUCGCCUCCGGCCUGCCAGCCACAACCGAGUCCCACGUCUUUCAGAUUGGGCAUCCGACCCUCUUGUCAUUUGCCAAGCUCCUACUGGAAAUCGACUUUGGCCAAAGCAUCGACCUCAACAUCAGCUCUGAUGACGACAAAACCAACCGAGGAAUAUGGGCCGAGCUGUGCAACGUGGUCGACAAGCUCGAGGAGGAGCGCAAUGACAGUUACCUUCAAGCUGUCAGGGGUUGCCUGAUGGCACAUAUUCAGAUUUCGAGAGCCUUAAGACUGGGUAGCGCCGACGAAAAGGAUGCGGAACUUACCAUCCGAAAGGAACUUUAUAGAGAAGUUGUCGAGAAGCUCGAAACCGCCCUCGCCGAAUCCACCCCUCGGGCCGGUAACAAACGCCAACGGUCCGAGUCCCCGGAACCGACCUCUCGAACGAAGCCCCGUCUCGGCAUUAGAGACGAGUGGCGAGAGCCUUCCAUCGAUGCGUCUGAUGUUCGUGCAAACGCUUUGUCACGGCAGGCUCCUAUCCGACCAGCGUCCAAGCGACCGCGGAUGCCCAACACCCCGGAAACCGAGAGCAUAAGACCAAGUCGGCUUGGUCUAUCCAGCAGCGGUCUAUUACCGGGGUCCACCGAAUCCAACCCACGGUGGCAACCAGAGCGAGAAGCGUUAUUCCACAGCGCUAUUGUUCCCAAGAUGUGGCUGAGCGAACUCAUGAAAAUCAGCCGGCAGGUGGAGAGCAAGCGACGCGAGUGGCGAAUUGCGACCCCGGUUCGAGUUGCCAUCCUGGACACGGGGCUCGAUUGGGACUUUCCCGUCUUCCAGGAAAGGAGUGGACUACUCAAAAGCGUCACGGACGUGAAGGACUUUGUGACACCGAGCACACCGACCGUGACAGACGUCUUCGGCCACGGCACCUUCAUGGCGAGACUCAUCAUGGAGUGUGCCCCGGGUGUGGAAAUCCUAGUGGCUCGUGUCGCCGAAAACACAAACGAGCUCAAAAACAGUCAAGCAAACAUCAAGGAGGCAAUCCUCUGGGCCGGGCAGGCCGGCAAAGCAGACAUCAUCUCCAUGUCCUUCGGCUUCCCAAGCGACGACCAAGGGAUACGCGAGGCCAUCGAGACGGUGCAGAAGGGGCGCAACGAAAACAUCAUAUUCCUCGCCAGCGCCGGAAACUCCUCUACAGAGGACGAGAGCUUCCCGGCCCGCCAUCCUUCCGUCAUAUCCGUCUACGCGACGAACUGCCACGGGGUCUUUUUGCAGUCGAACUCGGCGAGCACAGGCAAUGGCGCCGCCGUGCUCGGCACGUACGGCGACGACAUCCCGGCCGCCAUCCGCGAGGAGUUCAGGACCACCUACCCGAAGGUUUGCGAACCCGGGUCGUCAGUCGCCACGGCCAUAAUGGCGGGGAUCAGCGCCACCAUGCUCGCGUACGCCUCCGUCCUGCCUUCGCUAGUCCCGUUUCAGGGGGUGACGGUUCUCCAGCGCCUGUGGACAACCAAGGGCAUGGAGGCGGUGCUGUAUCGGCUGGCGCCAGAGGAUCGCGACCGCCCGCGGCUCAGGGCCGUCAAGCCGAUGUGGUUCUGGAAGAAUAGGCCAGGUGAUCCCAUGCGGUACUGCGCUAUUUGCGAUGCGUUGUCGGACAUCGACAGGAGGUUCCCGAGGCUGAGGGGGACGGGUUGA